AGAUAGUUAAAACGUACCACUUGUAUCACCGCCGAGCAACGUACCGGUCGCGUGGUUAGAGUGAGAUAGCGAAUAAACAAAUAUGGUCAAAGUGCAAGUGGAACAAGGAUGGCUGCAAGGCGAGGAGUUGGAGCUGGUUACGGGAGAUGGGAAGUACUUCAGCUUUAAGGGCAUCCCUUAUGCUGCUCCGCCCGUGGGGAAGCUACGGUUUAAGGCUCCAAAGCCGCCACUACCAUGGAGCGGGGUCAGAAAAGCUACCGAACAUGGCCCUGUCUGCCCCCAAAGAGAUAUCUUCACCGACGAACUAUUACCUGGAAGCGAGGACUGCCUUUACCUCAACGUCUACUCCAGGGAUCUGAAGCCCAAAGCACCCCUGCCAGUCAUGGUGUUCAUCCAUGGAGGCGGUUUCAAAAGCGGCUCCGGAAACGUAGACCACUAUGGACCCGACUUCCUUGUCAAUCACGGCGUUAUCCUCGUGACCAUAAACUACAGACUUGACGCCUUAGGAUUCCUUUGUCUAGAUACCGAAGAUGUGCCAGGAAACGCUGGACUGAAGGACCAAGUGGCAGCGUUGAAAUGGGUCCAGAAAAAUAUUGAACAGUUCGGCGGCGAUCCUGAAAAUGUUACUGUUUUUGGAGAAAGUGCUGGUGGAUCGUCUACUGCCCUGCAUGUUCUAUCACCUCUUUCCAAAGGCCUAUUCAGACGAGCUAUUCCGAUGAGUGGGGUACCAUUAUGUGAUUGGUCCAUUGCAUUUGAACCGAAAAGACGUGCCUUCACAUUGGGGAAAAUCUUGGGAUUAGAAACUGAAGAUCCUACAGAGCUUCUUGAAUUCUUACAAAGCGUACCGGUUGAGAAACUGGUCGACACAAACCCUUGCAUAAUGGGCUUUGAAGAAAAGGCGUAUAAUAUAGUCAAAAUGUACCACUUCACUCCUGUGGUAGAGAAAAAUUUGGGUAAAGACCACUUCUUGACGGAAGACCCGUUGGAAGUGAUGCACUUUAUGCAAUUCAAUGAUGUCGACGUCAUGAUUGGCUGCACUGAUGAAGAAUGUUCGGUCGCGAUACCUCGUUUAGAGCCGUUACUACAAGUAUACAACAGAUACCCCGAAGUCCUCGUACCAAGGAAGAUUUUGAUGAAGAGCACUCCUGGUAAAAUUCUCGAAUUAUCCGAUAAAAUUAAAAAGUAUUACUUCGGAGAUAAAGUUGUAAAUGGCGAAGCGAUACGAGAAGCUUGUACUUACUUCUCAGAGUCUUGUUUUGUAUAUGACGUUCACAAGUUUAUCAAUCUAUUGGCGAAGACCAAUUCGAAUUCGUCCAAAAGGUUCUUGUACAGAUUUUGUUGCGUUUCUGAAAGGAAUGUGUAUGGAAGUUUUGGGAAACCUCAUGGGAUUAUUGGAGCGAGCCACCUGGACGACUUGAUGUAUCUGUUUGACGCAAAGAAGCACAAUUUGCCGGCUAACACGAACGGCGAGUCAUAUAAAUUGGUGACAUUGACAUGUACGCUAUUUACCAAUUUCGCUAAAUACGGGACUCCAACGCCGGAUGCAUCUCUAGGCCUGAUCUGGUCACCGUACGACCCCGUCAACCAGGCGUAUGUGGAUAUAAAGAACCCCUUGGUACAAGGCAACGCACUGAACGCUGAAUCCGUGGCAUUUUGGAAGGCUAUCUAUGAAAGCGCUGGCAUUAAAUACUAGAGUAACAAAUUGAAGAUGAAAAACAGUUAUGAUCAUGCUAUUUUUUAUACUUGUACACAAAUAAAUACUUGUUAUUAUAAAUAA